GUGAGAACACUGCUCAGUCAGGAGAGAACACUACUCAGUCAGGUGAGAACACUGCUCAGUCAGGUGAGAACACUGCUCAGUCAGGAGAGAACACUACUCAGUCAGGUGAGAACACUGCUCAGUCAGGUGAGAACACUGUUAAGUCAGGAGAAAACAUUGCUCAGUCAGGUGAGAAUACUGCUCAGUCUGGUGAGAACACUGUUCAGUCAGGAGAAAACAUUGCUCAGUCAGAAGAGAACACUGCUCAGUCAGGUGAGAACACUGCUCAGUCAGGAGAAAACAUUGCUCAGUCAGGUGAGAACACUGCUCAGUCUGGUGAGAACACUGUUCAGUCAGGAGAGAACAUUGCUCAGUCAGGAGAGAACACUGCUCAGUCAGGUGAGAACACUGCUCAGUCAGGUGAGAACACUGCUCAGUCUGGUGAGAACACUGUUCAGUCAGGAGAGAACAUUGCUCAGUCAGGAGAGAACACUGCUCAGUCAGAUGAGAACACUGCUCAGUCAGAUGAGAACACUGCUCAGUCUGGUGAGAACACUGUUCAGUCAGGAGAAAACAUUGCUCAGUCAGGAGAGAACACUGCUCAGUCAGAUGAGAACACUGCUCAGUCAGGUGAGAACACUGCUCAGUCAGGAGAGAACACUACUCAGUCAGGUGAGAACACUGCUCAGUCAGGUGAGAACACUGCUCAGUCAGGAGAGAACACUACUCAGUCAGGUGAGAACACUGCUCAGUCAGGUGAGAACACUGCUCAGUCAGGAGAGAACACUACUCAGUCAGGUGAGAACACUGCUCAGUCAGGUGAGAACACUGUUAAGUCAGGAGAAAACAUUGCUCAGUCAGGUGAGAACACUGCUCAGUCUGGUGAGAACACUGUUCAGUCAGGAGACAACAUUGCUCAGUCAGAAGAGAACACUGCUCAGUCAGGUGAGAACACUGCUCAGUCAGGAGAAAACAUUGCUCAGUCAGGAGAGAACACUACUCAGUCUGGUGAGAACUCUGCUCAGUCUGGUGAGAACACUGCUCAGUCUGGUGAGAACACUGUUCAGUCAGGUGACAACACUGCUCAGUCAGGAGAGAACACUGCUCAGUCAGGAGAGAACACUGCUGAGUCAGGAGAGAACAGUGCUGAGUCAGGAGAGAACACUGCUCAGUCAGGUGAGAACACUGCUCAGUCAGAUGAGAACACCGCUCAGUCAGGUGAGAACACUGGUCAGUCAGAUAAGAACACUGCUCAGUCAGGUGAGAACACUGCUCAGUCAG